CAGGCGCUGGAGAUGGAAAGAGGGAGUGCUAGUGUGUGUGGCAGAACAGGUGAUAGAGUCGAGGGGUUUGGUGAAAAAGGGGAAGAGGGCGAGAGUGAGUUUGCUUGUGAGUGUGUGUUGUGCUGGAGAAGGCGCCAGGGUCAGGGCAACUCCGAAUGCAGUUGCUGUAGAGACAGAGGCUGGAGUUAAUCUGUGGGUUGGACUUAUGGUGCAGAUGGGUUUCUGCAUGUGCGCAUGCAUCUGCCAAUGUGUGUGUGUGUGUGCAAGCGAGCGCGCGCGCGUGUGUGCACGCCCUCCCUAGCUUAUAGAGGAAGUGUGCUCCGCUACCAGCUCAGGAGCUAUUUUGAUACCGGUGCUCAGGCAGUCUCCCUCUGCAACUCUGGCUUCCCCGCUGCAUCAAGGCUGUGAGCGUGGGCUGGCUCUGUCACCUGCUAGAUCAUUACCCUCCUUCAACUUUCUCUCUGUGUCACACGGAGUUACAGUGCAGCCACAGCAGCCAAGCAGAAGGAAGCUUGGAUGAUACACUGCCUGCAUCUCUCAGCCACCACAGAGGCAAAAAGGCAGGACCUUAGCUGCUUCCUGUGGGCACCAUGGACACCUUUUUUCGAAGGCAUUUUAAGAGGAAGGAAGCGGGCGGGGCUUCAGGAGGGGGCGGGCCAGAGUACUGUCGGCACAGGCGGCCAAGCGUGGCGGUGCCCACCAGCAAGGCACGGAGGCGGUCUAGCGCGGGACUCCCCUCGGCCAUCCUCACCCAGCGCCGUCGCUCCAGCGUGCAAGCGCAGGGUAUCCUCCCGGUCACCAGGGGGCGCUGUCCGGGCGGCGACCGGCUGGGAAAGGGUCAUUACUCCCGUCGGCGUUCCAGCACCACCACGCCCAGCCUGAACCCUCGCUUUGCUGUACGGCGCCGCCAGGCAGGCAAACUUCGCACCAUCGACACCCACCUGCUCGGGCCCUCCAUGCUGCUUGCUAGCCUCAUCCAGAUGACAGAGGAGGACGAGAGCGAGGCCCCAUCUACAGGGGAGCCACAGGAGCAGCGGAAGGGCCACAAGGGGUCACGCUCCUUCUCUGACUCGGACAGCGACGGUAACAGCCAGUGCUCAAGCAGCGAGUCCGAGGAGAGCGAGAGCGAGCACUCAGGGCCAGACGGCUGGAGCGAGGUGGAGGUGUCGGACAGGGAGUUUGAGGACACCUCCCUGUGGUGGAGCAAAGAUGUGUCCCGGGGAGCGGCAGCAGGAAGCAUCCAACCCAGGCCUCUGAUCCGUGCCCCCCGCUGCCUGCGCCGCAACUCCUCCCACCUGCUGCCUGCCGAGGCCGUCUACUACGGCAAAAGCUCCUACGGUCUUUACGGCCGCUACCGGCGCACCAGCCAGGGCCGGCGUCGCGUUUCCACCAUCUCCAAGGCAGGCAGCCCCUGGCCUGGGAGAGGGGUGCCCCUGCCUAGCCGUAGGAACUCAGUGGCGGCGCGCCGGGCCUCCCUCUCCCUCUACAGGAACUGCUCGGCCUGUUGGAGGCCUCCUGGCCGCCGGGGGUCCCUCAGCCCCCUGCAGGGUACAUACUACGACCCCCAACUGGACACAUGGAGUGGGUUCCUCUCGAAAGCCAUAGCAAAAUCAGGUCUGCAGCACCUGGCAGCCCAACCCAGCACGUCAGCCAUCGCGAAGACCGACCUAGACCGAGAGAUCCAGAGCACCGUGGACUGGACUGAGAGCGCCCUGUACGGGGAUCACAUCUGGUUCGAGACCAAUGUCUCUGGGGACUUCUGUUACGUGGGAGAGCAGCACUGCAUUGCCAAGACACUGCAAAAGUCAGUUGCUCGGAAGAAAUGUGCAGCCUGCAAGAUAGUGGUCCACACCAUCUGCAUCGAGCAGCUGGAGAAGAUAAAUUUUAGGUGUAAACCAUCAUUCAGGGAAUCAGGAUCGAGGAAUGUACGGGAGCCAGUCCGUGGCCGAAGAGCUAUAAAAAAACCCCAGCACAUUGUGAGCCACGUAGGGGUGGCUAACCGCAUGGCAAGAGCAUGCGUGGCCCAGACUAAGCCCACCAUCGUCCGACACCACUGGGUCCACCGGAGGCGACAGGAAGGGAAAUGUCGACAGUGUGGGAAGGGUUUCCAACAGAAGUUUGCAUUUCACAGUAAAGAAAUAGUGGCCAUCAGCUGUUCCUGGUGCAAGCAGGCUUAUCAUAACAAGGUGACAUGCUUCAUGCUGCAGCAGAUUGAGGAGGCCUGCUCACUGGGGGCACACGCUGCUGUCAUUGUGCCCCCCACCUGGAUCAUACGCGUCCGCAGACCUCAGACUUCACUAAAGUCAAGUAAAAAGAAGAAACGGACCUCAUUCAAGCGCAAGUCCAGCAAAAAGGGUGUAGAGGAGGCCAGAUGGAAGCCUUUCAUUGUGAAGCCUAUUCCCUCCCAGCUCAUGAAGCCCGUGCUGGUGUUCGUUAACCCAAAGAGUGGGGGAAAUCAGGGAGCAAAGAUAAUCCAGUCUUUCAUGUGGUACCUCAAUCCCCGGCAAGUCUUCGAUCUGAGUCAGGGAGGACCCAAAGAAGGGUUAGAAAUGUACCGCAAAGUGCACAACCUGCGGAUUUUGGCAUGUGGUGGGGAUGGAACGGUGGGCUGGAUCCUCUCCACCCUGGACCAACUGCAGCUGAAACCGCAACCCGCCGUAGCCGUCCUGCCGCUUGGAACUGGGAACGAUCUGGCCAGAACCCUCAACUGGGGUGGGGGGUACACAGAUGAGCCAGUGUCCAAGAUUCUCUCCCAUGUCGAGGAUGGGAACAUCGUCCAGCUUGACCGAUGGAACCUCAUUGUGGAGCCCAACCUGGAGGCCAACCUGGAGGAGAAGGACGAACAGACAACAGACAAGCUUCCCCUUGAUGUCUUCAACAACUACUUCAGCCUUGGCUUCGAUGCCCAUGUAACACUGGAGUUUCACGAGUCAAGAGAGGCCAACCCAGAGAAAUUCAAUAGCCGAUUUCGGAACAAGAUGUUCUAUGCGGGGACGGCCUUCUCUGACUUUCUGAUGGGCAGUUCCAAAGACUUGGCAAAACACAUCAAAGUUGUGUGCGAUGGCACGGAUCUCACCUCAAAGGUCCAGGAUCUGAAGCUGCAGUGCCUUGUGUUCCUGAACAUUCCCAGGUACUGUGCCGGUACAAUGCCCUGGGGUAACCCUAGUGAGCACCACGACUUUGAGCCGCAGAGACAUGAUGACGGCUACAUCGAAGUCAUUGGAUUUACAAUGACCUCACUGGCGACAUUGCAAGUCGGAGGUCAUGGUGAGAGGCUGAACCAGUGCCGAGAGGUGACCCUGACCACCACCAAGUCCAUCCCCAUGCAGGUGGAUGGGGAGCCCUGCAAGCUGGCCCCUUCAGUCAUCCGCAUCUCACUGAGGAACCAGGCCAACAUGGUGCAGAAGACCAAGAGGAGAACUUCUAUACCCCUGCUGAAUGACCAGCAGCCCAUUCCCGAGAGGCUGCGAAUCCGCGUCAGCCGCAUCAGCAUGCACGACUAUGAGGCCUUACAUUAUGACAAGGAGAAGCUGAAGGAGGCUUCAAUCCCCUUGGGUCUUAUUGUCAUCCCAGGAGACAGUGACCUGGAAACUUGUAGAUCUCACAUCGAGAGGCUCCAAGAGGACUUCAUCUCUUGUCAUCCUUCCUUCCAACGACUGGUGCUCCAGGAGGGGGACGGUACAAAAUCGAAGACCCUAUCCUCACAGAAGCUCUCACCAAAGUGGUGUUUUCUGGACUCUACCACUGCUGAUCGAUUUUACAGAAUUGACCGCGCUCAGGAGCAUUUACACUAUGUGACAGAGAUCUCCCAAGAUGAGCUUUUCAUCCUGGAUCCAGAGCUGGUCGUCACUGAGACGGUGAGCACUUCCCCAGGGAUGCCAGAUCUGGUGGAUUCAUCUGGAGAGGCCCCGGCGGCGGCACGCCAGUUUGCCUUCCCAUCCUCCUCCUCCUCUCCACCCUCUUCCCCAGUCCCCAGUCCGACCAGCCCGCACUCGGACAGUGAGGCCCUGGCUCGGCGACACAAGAAGUCCCUCUUCUCUUCCCACUCCGGCUUCCCCUUUCCUGUAAAGAAGAGGAUCCUCGAGCUCCAGCGUGCCACGCAGAGGAAGCGCAUUUCCAGCGACAGCUCCGUUGCCGAGGCGCUGGCGCACAGCGACUCUCUGAGGUCCACAAAGCCCACUCUCAGCAGGAAGGGGGCAAAACCUGUCACUGUUCAUCGGUCUAACACAACUGCAGCCGAUUUCAAACCUACAGUCAGGUCUGAGAAGACUGCCAUGUGUAACACAGAUAAAGUUUCAGCAGAGGUGCUUAUUGAGUGUGUGAAGAACAAAGACUAUCAAAGGCUGAGGGAUCUUCACAGACUGGGGGCAGACCUGUGCGUGCAGGACUCCUCCGGCCGCACCUUGCUGCACCACGCUGUGGAUGUAGGCAGCAAAGAGAUCGUCAAGUAUAUAAUCGACAAUGCUCCCACCGAUAUCUUGGAUGUAACAGAAAAAGAAAAUGGGGAAACAGUCUUGCACAAAGCCGCCUCCCUGUGUCAGAGGACCAUUUGCCAUUACCUGGUGGAGGCCGGGGCGUCUCUCAUGAAGACUGACCUGCAGGGUGACACACCAAAACAUCGGGCGGAGAAGGCGAAGGACCAGGAACUGGCCGCUUACCUGGAGAACCGACAGCACUACCAGAUGAUCCAGAGGGAGGACCAGGAGACUGCUGUGUGAACAGCCGUCCCGUUCCUACACGUGCCAAAUCAUCCUCAACCAAAUAGAAAAUUGAAGUUGCUGAGGUCUAUAGUUAGAGUGCGCUUUUCACACGUUUUUGUACUGGUUCUGCUGGCCAGUGCUCUGCCAAUAGUAGGCUUUUAGGGCUAUGAGUAAGGCCUUGACUAUGGGGGGAUUUUUUUCCUUUUAUCUUCAAUGCACUGCCAAAAGUCAUAGUGCUCUAAUGAUAAACCUGUCAGAAUGCAUUCUGUUUCAUUGUGCUGUUAGCUCCGUGGCGCCAGACCCACAGAGACUGAAUGUUAGACAAAUGCAAAGGGAGUUUAAAGAGGUUUUGAUACUGGGACAAGGAUAUUUGAAUGUUACAGUGGUUCUAUUGCUCUUCAACUAAAUGAAGCUAAACAACAGAGAAUCCGUCCUCAUACAGCAUACGGUGUGAAUGGCAGUGAACAAAAGUUCUAUCACUCUAGGGGUGAUUUACUAUAGGGAAUGAAGGUUACCAUAUUCAAAUACGGCCAACAAUGCUAUUUCGUAUGAUUGAAUGUUGCUUCAAGAGACAUAAGAGAUGGAAACGUAGGAAAUUUUUUAUAAGACUGCUGUAGUUUUAUUUGUAAUUACAUUUGAAGUGAUUUGCUGACCGAUUUGUUUAUUUAGACAGUAUGUUGGUUCAGCCUUCAGUCUAAGUUAGAAGGGAUAUUUACACUGAAAGCUUUUGCUGUAGAAUUUCAAUAUUGAAGAAUGCUGUUCUAUUGAGAACUGUGAUUUGUAUUAUUUGAGAACUAUACUACUCUAGCUAGAGUAGAUGUUGGACUUCUAAUGAGAGCAUUUGGUACUGUAAACUCAUCUUAGUA